AUGGCUGAGGUGAAGCUACAUGGAAGAUGGUCUAGUCCAUUUGUUUACAGAGUGAUAUGGACUUUGAAACUAAAGGGCAUAUUAUAUGAAUACAUUGAAGAAGAUCUGUCAACAAAAGUCCUCUGCUUCUACAGUAAUCCUGUGCACAAGAAAAUCCCAGUACUUGUUCAUGGUGGAAAAACAAUUUGCGAGUCCAUGAUAAUCGUUGAAUAUAUUGAACAGACAUGGCCACUAACUCCCUUGCUGCCAACUGACCCUUACGAGAGAGCUAAGGCUCGAUUUCGGGUUAAUUUUAUUGAAGAGAAGGCUCCAGCAGCAAUUUUGUCAGUAUUUCGAUCCAAUGGCGAGAAGCAAAAGAAGGCCCUGAAGAACAGUUUGGAAAUGCUAAAAAUUAUGGAAGAGCAGGGCCUAGGUGAGAAUAAAUUUUUUGGGGGAGACAGAAUUGGUAUAGAGGACAUAGCAUUUGGAACAAUUGCACACUGGUUUGGUGUCAUUGAAGAAAUAAUUGAAGUAAAAGUGCUGGAAGCCCAUGCAUUGCCCCGCUUGCACGCAUGGAAAGAGAAUUUUGAGGAAGUUCCUAUAAUUAAAGAAAAUGUUGUUCUUUUUCAAGAAGAGUAG